CCUCUCCCACAUGCACCUUCUCUCUCUCUCUCUCUCUCACUCUUCUCAAUAUUUCACAACAUUUAACAUCAUGGCAAAAGGUGGAAAACUAAUGAGGCUCAAGUCAGUGCUGAAGAAGUGGAACUCAUUCGGCAACGCCGCCAAGAGCAGCCGCCACAGCACCAGCGCCGUCGCCGACGACGAUUCCUCCUCCAGAUCGGACCUCCACGCCGUCUACGUCGGCAAGUCCCGCCGCCUCUACCGCCUCUCCUCCGACGUCCUCGACCACCCCGUCUUCCGGGAACUCGUCGAGAGGUCCCGCGACUCCGACCAGGAUCAACAACAACACGACCAACACAACGACACCAUCAAUGUCGCAUGCGAGGUUGUCCUCUUCGAACACUUGCUUUGGAUGCUCGAAAACGCCGACCCACAACCCGAGUCUCUCAACGAACUCGUCGACUUCUAUGCUUACUAGCCCAUCAUCAUCAUGCAAUGUUCAAAAAAAAAAAACACACACGUAUAUUAUAUUGUCCCUAUAUUUAUACAUAUAUUUAAUUAGUUGUAAUAAUUAACUAACAUUCAUCCACGUACAAGUUUAAUUUUCAUGUUGUGAUGAUUAGUAAAUAUUGGAUGUUGAGUUGGUUGAGUUGAUGGAUGGAGCGUUGGAGGCUCCAAUCAAUGUAAUGAAAGGGAAAUUGUACGCAAUGUAAGUGGUUGUUGAUUUCUAGCUACUUGAAGGGAAAAUCAAAAUGUAUUGUUUUACCUUCGAAACGAA